AUGAUGGGCGGGCUGGCCGAGGCGGUCCACGGGGGGAAGCUGGUGAGCGUGGAGUGGAAGAAGGUUGUGUUGGUGUACGUCAACCACAAGUGCGUGCCGCUGGACGACGCCGCGUCGAACCACCGCAAGGCGCUGGAGAUCUUCGCGGACAAGGUCGGGCUGCCUCGCGAGAACAUCAUUGCGCCAGGCGGGUCCGCUGACGGCGUCCACGAAGCCGCGGCGUACGAGAAGAAGAUUUUGAGCCUGCCGUCCGAGAUCUUGCCGCGAAACGAGGAGGGUACCCCGGUGUUCGACGUGUUGGCUCUGGGCAUGGGCUCCGACGGACAUAUAGGAUCGUUGUACCCAAACCGCUCGGAAAUCAGCAGACGCGAUGCGUACGUCUUGCAUGUGGAGCAGGAUGGCAAGCCGCCCUCGAUCACCCUGUCACUCCCGGUGAUGAACGCGGCGAAGGAGGUGGUUGUUCUUGCCCUGGGUGAGAAGAAGGCGGAGGCCCUGGUCAAGGCCCUGAAGGAGGACGCGGGCGACAACGGAGCAUCCUUCCCUGCGCAGGCCUUACACCCGCAGGAGGACUCCACUUGGAUACUGGACACAGGCGCUGCGAAGCUGCUGUGA